UAUAAACAAGAGGUCAAGAAACAACCUCAAAACAGACAGAUAAAACCUCCAAAAACCUCUUAACACUGUCUUCAAACAAUGGUUGUACUUUCAAAUUUCACAUCAUCUUCUUCUUCUUCUUCACCUUAUUCUCAUUUCUUCAAUCUCUCAUCAUUCUCCAAACUCACAUCACCAUCUUCAUCAUCACUUCUUUUCCAUAGUCACCACCAUGUUCAUCGCCAAACAAAGCAUAUCUCAAAAGCUACAACUACACACUUCACCAUUAAAGCUUACAUGGAGAAUCCAAAUUCCUUCUCAAAUAUUGCUAACAAAGUUAUUGGUGCUCUUCCUGUUGUUGGUCUUUUAGCUAGGAUUAUGAGUGAUGAAGGUGGUGUUGGUAAUGAUCUUAUUGAUUUUGCUGAGUUUAGAAGAAGGGUUGGUAAGAAUUGUACUGCUAAUGAUUCUACUGCUUUUUAUCAGUUUCAAGCUCGUAGAGGAAAGCCAGGGGAGCCUCUGUAUGUUCUGUUAUGCUGUUGGCUAGCAGCUAUUGGUGCAGGUCUUCUUAAAACUGAGGAGAUUUUGGAAGGUGUUGCAAGGCUUAGAAUCUCGAACGACAUUGAAUUUGAAGAAGAAACUUUCAUAGCCAUGAUGGAUGAAGCAAGAGAGAGAAGGGCAAAACAAAAGGGUGCACCUCCAGUUGUACCAAUGGAGGUUCGAGUCGAGAAAGCUCUUGAUGCUAUUUAUGUUUGUUGCUUUGGAAAGGAUCCUAUAGAGGAAGAAGACGAGAGAAUACUACGUACGAUACUUGGUGCUGUUUUUCCAUCAGUUCAAAAACAAGAGAUUCGACGCAUAGUUGAAGACAUGGUAGAGAAAGUAGAAGAUGGAGGUAUGGAUUAUAUUCCAGAUGCCAAGCCUCUAUCAAAAGAAGCUGUUGAAAUACAAAUGAAAGAUCUUAACUUUCUUAAACAAAAUAGUGAUACUUAAAUAAGUGAAGCAUGUGUUGUUUUUGACAUAUAAUGCAUUGAAUGAAAUUAUAUUUUCUAGAUAAAGUUGUUUAAGCAUUUUGGAUACUGAUAGGGAAGAAAAAUGUAUAGUAUUCUCUUGUUUCUGAUAUCCCUAUUGAAAUGUGGGGUUGUAGGAACAUCAAUGUGUGAAACAAAGCUAGAAAAUAGUAUCUCAAAUGUAAUUUAUUUGUUAAGACAUUCAUGUGAUCCAGUUUUUCCUUAAAAAGAAGGUUGUGAGCUUCUA